AUGGAUAUUCACGAAGUCAAACACCAAAGCAAUUUCUUCACUCCUGCUGACUUUGUGGACCAGGUGGCUUCUGGCAUUUCAAUCUCCAAGGUCAAUACUUCGAGCGAUGCCUGCGGAGAAAGCCCGUCCCGUGGUUUCUCUGCGCUGCAUGCGACCCAGAUCGCCGGUGUAAAGUCUCUGAUGCUAGCUCUCCACUGUCUUUUCCCUAAUGAACUCCUGCUCGCUUUGGAUAUCCUUGAUCGAGGGUUGGUAAGACGUUUAGUAUCGACUCACGACGCGACGAAUAGCCCCACGACCCAGGCCUCGUCGGUAAGAUCGACGGAGGAUGUAUUCCUGGUGAAUUCAACCUCCGGGGUUCUCACGACGCAACCGUCUUCGCGAUAUCACCUCUAUAAGACAGAUAGCGAGACAAAAGCGUACGAAGUCCGCCUGCAAGCCUGGAGCUGCACAUGUCCUACCUUCACAUUGGCUUCAUUUCGUGGGCCAUUGUCACCCGCACCUGAAAUGACCUCCUUAUCCACUGUUGCUACUGCUUCUGCUAUCGAAUUAUCGCCGCGCCAGGAUUAUGCAAUCUCCCAUGGUUCUUACCCAUUCGGGGGUAUGUUGGCACGCGGAUCGGUCCGGUCUUCACCCCCCGUUUGCAAGCACCUCCUUGCGAGUUGGCUGGCUGUUCGCUGUCCCAGUCUGUUGGGUAAGGGGAAUGACGGCUUCGUCUGUGUCAGCGCGGAGGAGUUGGCGGGCUGGUGUGCCGGCUGGGGGGGCUGA